UGACCCUAACAGGAACUCUUUUAUUGGAUGGAUUGCGCAUGAAGAACUGUGAUUUCAGAAGAGUAGAAGAAACACAGCGGAAUAAGGGUGUUUCAACCCACGACUUGUAAAACAUGAGUUCUUCAGGAAGAAGUGAAAGUCCCAGUCCUUCACUGAGAGAACAAAAUGCAGUACCUUCAGAAGAUGUGUCUAGUCCAGUAUCAAACCAGGAGAGUGCAGUGGAGAGAAGCCUCAAAAAGCGACCUUCCCCUCAGGCCGGUCCCACCAAGAGUCCUGCCUCCAGCAGCUCAGACAGCAGCAGCGGUGACAGCGAAGAUCCAGAUGAAUACAAAACUGCACUGAAGAAGAUUAGAAGCAGUGUGGCUCAAAUGAAAGGAUCCAGCUCCAAGGAGAAGGACAGAUCCAGGUCCAGAGAAGAUGACAGAUCCAGGUCCAGAGAAGAUGACAGAUCCAGGUCCAGAGAGGAUGACAUGUCCAGGGAAAAGAACAGAUCCAGAUCCAGGGAAAAGAACAGAUCCAGGUCCAGGGAAAAGAACAGGUCCAGGGAAAGGAACAGAUCCAGGUCCAGGGAAAAGAACAGAUCCAGGUCCAGGGAAAGGAACAGAUCCAGGUCCAGGGAAAAGAACAGAUCCCAAUCCAGAGAAAAGAACAGAUCCCAAUCCAGAGAAAAAGACAGGUCUAGAUCAAGAUCCAGGGGACAAGAGUCCUCUUCCAGGAAACGUGCCAGAUCUGUGUCAAGAGAACGACCCAGGUCCAGAGAAAGAGACCGGAACACACAUCGCUCAGACAGAAGACGUUAUGCUCGACAUGGCUAUGGUGGUCGGCGUGAUGAGAAGGGUGGAUGUUUUGACAAACGAGCUAAUAGAGAUGAAGAGUUGGAUUACAAGAGGCGAGGCCAGUUGGCUUCACUUCCAAAUGACAAGGAGCCUGAUGUGGUUGAAGAGCCGCCGGUUAAAAUGAAAAAGGACGAAGUCGAUCCAAUCCUGACAAGGACUGGGGGCGCUUACAUCCCACCUGCCAAGCUGCGCAUCAUGCAACAACAAAUCACUGACAAGAGCAGCUUGGCUUAUCAAAGAAUGAGCUGGGAGGCUCUGAAGAAGUCCAUCAAUGGUUUGAUCAACAAAGUCAACGUGUCCAAUAUUGUCAACAUCAUUCAGGAGCUGCUGCAGGAAAACAUUGUCAGGGGAAGGGGUCUGCUGGCUCGUUCAGUGCUGCAGGCUCAAGCAGCGUCUCCCAUUUUCACUCAUGUUUACGGUGCUGUUGUGGCCAUCAUCAACUCCAAGUUUCCCCAGAUUGGGGAGCUGAUCCUCAAACGCCUCAUCUUGAGCUUCAGGAGGAGCUACCGCCGAAACCUCAAGCCAUAUUUGAAAGACUCAGGAAUAUCCUCCAUGAAUCCACCAUUGAUAAAAGGGUCCAGUACAUGAUUGAAGUGAUGUUUGCCAUCAGGAAAGAUGGUUUCAAAGAUCACCCAGUCAUCCCAGAAGGCCUGGACCUCGUGGAUGAGGAUGACCAGUUCACUCACAUGCUCCCACUGGAUGACGAGUACAACCCUGAGGACAUUCUCAACGUGUUUAAGAUGGACCCAGACUUCCUGGAGAACGAGGAGAAAUAUAAAACAAUUAAAAGAGAUAUUCUAGAUGAGGGUAGCAGCGAUUCAGGGGAGGAGGGGGACAGCAGCGACAAAGAUGAAGAUGAAGAAGAUGCAAAUGAGGAGGAAGAUGAAGGUGAAAAGGUAACCAUCUUUGACAAAACAGAAGUCAACCUGGUUGCUUUCAGAAGAACCAUUUACCUCGCUAUUCAGUCCAGCUUGGACUUUGAGGAGUGUGCUCACAAACUGAUUAAGAUGGAUUUUCCUGAAAGCCAGACUAAGGAGUUGUGUAACAUGAUCCUGGAUUGCUGUGCUCAACAGAGGACCUAUGAGAAGUUUUUUGGUCUCCUGGCUGGGAGGUUCUGUUUGUUGAAAAAGGAGUACAUGGAGAGUUUUGAGGUAAUAUUUUCAGAGCAGUACGACACGAUUCAUAGACUGGAAACCAACAAGCUGAGGAACGUGGCCCGACUGUUCGCUCACCUGCUCUACACUGACUCUGUGCCAUGGAGUGUGCUGGAAUGCAUCAGGAUGAGUGAAGAGACCACAACUUCGUCCAGUAGGAUUUUUGUGAAAAUCCUUUUUCAGGAGCUUUGUGCCUAUAUGGGCCUGCCAAAACUCAACCAGCGUCUGAAAGACCUAACUCUCCAGUCGUUCUUUGAAGGUCUUUUUCCUCGUGAUAAUCCCAGAAACACUCGCUUUGCCAUCAAUUUCUUCACCUCUAUUGGACUGGGAGGCCUGACUGAUGAGUUGAGGGAGCACUUAAAGAACGCACCAACGAUGAUCAUGACUCAGAACCAGGAAGUCGACUCCUCUGACUCCUCCUCGUCUUUGUCAGACUCCUCCUCCUCAGAAUCCUCCUCCACAGACUCCUCCAGCGAGUCAGAUGACUCCUCAUCCAGCAGCAGCAGCUCAGCCUCUGAGGACAAACGCAAGAAGAAGAGAAAAGGCCGAAGUGACGACAGAAAGAAAGAGAGAGAGAGGAAAAAGAAGGAGAAAUCUGACAAGGAACAAGACCGACGCAAGAACAAUAAAGACAAAAAUGACAGUAAGAAACAGGCGAGGAAGGACGACAGAGGCCAUGCACAUGAAAUAGAAAAGUGUGCACGAGAGGGUGAGCGUACCCAGCAGGGUGCCCAGUGGGGAAGACGAGAUGAAAGGUCAGAAGAAGAGGAGCAGCGAGAGGAGGAGGGAUCGAGCCGAAGAACGGACAGACAAGAUGAGAGGGAGAAGGACAGAGGGAGAAACAGGGAACAGGUGAGGGACAGAGGAAAAGAGGUGAGGAGAGACGGAGAUAGGGAUAAAGAGAACAGAGACGGGAACAAAGAGCGGGAGAAAAGGAAAAGAUAAAACGUCACCAUCUAACUGCUGCAGCUAUGAUGGACAGUCAUCCCCCUUUUCCUGUCCUGCCAGUGUGGACU